AGCUCCGCGGCCGCCCCCGCGCCCCGCGGCCCUGAGGCGGCCCGGGCCCGGCGGCAGCAGCCGGGCCAUGCCGAGCAGGCCGCCUCGCCAGUUUGAAAGUACCUCUGCGCUCCCGACCGCGCUCCCUAAAUGGUUGUCGCUUCCCACCUCCCACGGAGGGAUGAGUUAGGCUGGAGCUGGCGCCGACGCGGGUCCCCGCGCUGAGCCCCCGAGUGAUGACUGUGGGUUCUGUGUUCUGUCUGAGGAUAGGAUAACACUAAGGGCAAACAUUCUCCUGAGCUCUCUGGCUCUUCCAGUCUGCAGGUGCUGCCCAUGGAGGGGGAAAUGCUUUGCACACAUCCCUUGGAGAAAGCUGCUCCCUGGGUUGCCUCCUGUACCCUUCACAAGUGUGAGCACGUCACAGCCAGCACAGAGAAGGGCCUCCUCUCGUCUUCAAGGCACUUGCCUCUGCCUCCUGUUCCUUUGUCCAAAAGAAGGAAAAGUCAGACCACAUCAGUCCAUAAAGAACCUGUGCUGGUCUAAGGAGGAGGCUCUGGAGUCUCUUCACCUCUUUUCUUCCCAGGAUCCUGGCUGUGGGCUGGAUUUUCUGGUCUCAACUUGAGGGGAUCAUUUACAGGGAAUCAGGAUCUCAGAAUCUUUUGGUCUUGCUUUUACUUGAACCCUUUCAUCCGGGAAGCUGAAGCUAUCACUGCUAAAAUCCCAUUUUUUUUCCCAAGCAUGUCAGAAAGCUGGCAGCAGCAACAGCAGCAACCACAGCAGCCGCCGCCACCGCAGCAGCACCACGCUGGGGCAGCCGCCCUCCCAGAGCACUCCAUCCCUCCCAGCACUGCUGACAACCCCCUGGGCUGUGCCGUGUACGGCAUCCUGCUCCAGCCGGACCCCGGACUGCAGCACCACCAGCACGCCCCCAUCCAGGCUGGAGAGCCCUCCCACAAGUGCGGGGUGUGUGGCCAUGACCUCGCUCACCUCUCCAACCCCCAUGAGCACCAGUGCUUGCCAAGCCAUGACCGCUCUUUCCAGUGUACCCAGUGCCUGAAGAUCUUCCACCAGGCCACCGACCUCCUUGAACACCAGUGUAUCCAGGUGGAGCAGAAGCCCUUCGUGUGUGGGGUUUGCAAGAUGGGCUUCUCCCUCCUCACCUCGCUGGCGCAGCACCACAAUGUCCACAACGGCAACGCCAUGAAGUGCUCUAUCUGUGAGAAGACCUACAAGCCCCCCGAGGUAGAGCAUUCGCAGCCUCUCGACCCCUCGGAGAAGCCCUACAGCUGCUCCAUCUGUCAGAAAACCUUCAAGCACCUCUCGGAGCUGUCCCGGCACGAGCGCAUCCACACGGGUGAGAAGCCGUACAAGUGCACCCUGUGUGACAAGAGCUUCAGCCAGUCCUCCCACCUGGUGCACCACAAACGGACGCACAGCUCGGAGCGGCCCUACAAGUGCACGGUGUGCGAGAAGACCUUCAAGCACCGCUCCCACCUGGUGCGCCACAUGUACGCGCACUCGGGGGAGCACCUCUUCAAGUGCAACGUCUGCGAGCUGCACUUCAAGGAGUCCUCGGAGCUGCUGCAGCACCCCUGCACGCCCAGCGGGGAGCGGCCCUUCCGCUGCGGGGAGUGCCAGAAGGCCUUCAAGCGUCCCUCGGACCUGCGGCAGCACGAGCGCACGCACAGCGAGGAGCGGCCCUUCAAGUGCGACCUGUGCCAGAUGAGCUUCAAGCAGCAGUACGCGCUCAUGCGCCACCGCCGCACGCACAAGGCCGAGGAGCGCUUCAAGUGCAACCUGUGCGAGAAGGGCUUCGUGCAGCCCUCGCACUUGGUGUACCACCAGCACGUGCACGGCAUAGAAAACCUCUUCAAGUGCAACGUGUGCCAGAAAGGCUUCAACCAGUCCUCGGAGCUGCUGCGGCACAAGUGCGUGCAGAACGCGGAGCGGCCCUUCAAGUGCGCGGUGUGCAACAAGUCCUACAAGCGGGCCUCGGCUCUGCAGAAGCACCAGCUGGCCCACUGCGCCGAGAAGCCGCUCAAGUGCACGCUCUGCGAGAGACGUUUCUUCUCCUCCUCGGAGUUCGUGCAGCACCGCUGCGACCCGGCCCGCGAGAAGCCCCUCAAGUGCCCCGACUGUGAAAAGCGGUUCAAGUACGCGUCGGACCUGCAGCGCCACCGGCGCGUGCACACGGGCGAGAAGCCCUACAAGUGCUCCUCCUGCGAGAAGGCCUUCAAGCAGCGCGAGCACCUCAACAAGCACCACAGCGUGCAUGCCCGGGAGCAGCAGUACAAGUGCAUGUGGUGCGGGGAACGGUUCCUGGACUUGGGCCUGCUGCAGGAGCACAGCGUCCAGCACACGGCCGAGGGUGCCUACCAGGUGGCUGCCUGCUUGCCAUGAGCCUCCUGCCCCACGGUGGCUUUCAGCUUGCAUGGGACAUUCCCGAGCCUUGGCCUUCCCUUCCCUGUCCUUGGUUGUUGGCAGCCUCCAGGGAGUGUGGGGGAAAGGGAGGGUACGGUGUGUGGGCAGGUAAACUCUCCUCUGGCCUCAGAUAUGCCACCUGUAUUGAAGUAGCAACAGACGAUGUGGACAUCUCAAAGGGGUGGAAAGGAGAGGAGGGAGGUGGAGAGAGGAGACUAUGCCUGUAGAUGCCUGGUGUUCCCUGGACUGUAGUUUGUGCUGUACCUGCAGUUCCAGUCCUGGGAGCUCAGCUGUCUGCUGCAGGCACCAGCUCUUUGUGUGCAGCCUUUUUCCCCUGCCCUGCCUGGCAGGAUUGGUGGCAAGGAUUGUGCGACUCUCUUUCGGGAGAGGGUUUAGGAGCAAGGCAGAGCCAGCCCUCCCUUCUCCUAGGGUGUGCUGCUCGGCAUAGAGAUGGAAGGUUUCUGCUGCUGGGGUCUCCCAACUUGGUCCAGGCUCAGUUGAGGGCAUCAUUUCACAUCAUUACUGUUGAUUGACUGCCUCAACCUCCCCUGCUCUCCCUCCUUCUAGAGUGUUGAAAGGGAAAAGCCAUGGGGCUUCACAGCUCCAGAAAGCACUUUGGCAUUGCUGCUUUUGCAGUUGCUGGCUGUCACACUCUGCAAGGGUUCUGAGUGAGCCUGCCUGCCCCCUGUCCCUGCCAGCUGCACAGGGAGCUGUAGGAAGCACUGUGCUGCCACCAGAAAGCAUGGCAAGGAGCACUGGGACAGUCUGCCUGGCAGGAGGUCACAGAUUCUCCCUCUCUGGAAACAUUCAGAACCCACCUGGACAUGUUGCUGUGUAACCUGCUUUAGGUGACCCUAACUUAGCAAGGGGUUGGACUAGUUAAUCCCCAAAGGUCCUUCCAGCCCUAACAGUUCCAAGAUUCUGUUACAGCAUUCAUACCCUGCUCCUGACCAAAAGCCUGGCGUUCAAGAGCUGCUUCCCAAGGGAUUUAUCCCUCCUGCUGAGCCUUGUCUCCAGCCCUUUGUGCACCCCUUGGGCUGACAGUGGUACCUCCAGCAGGGUCAGGCAGUGGGCUGUCACAGCUCCAACACUAAGGGGUGAGAUGAACACUACAAUAACCUACAACUGCAGAGGUGUUGCCAUGGCCAGCAGUAACCCAUGGCCCUGCCAGGGGCUGGGUGUCUGAUUUGCUGGAGGAACCAGAGCGAGCCAGGAGAAUCCUUUCUGGACUGCAGGCUCAGCUCCAUGGGGAGGGCAAAGUUAGCAGUGGGUAAAGGAGAAGUCUAUUUUUUCCCCUCUUGCAGGAGUCCUAUUUUACCCCUUUGCCAUAUCUUUACCUCGUCUGUAUUUUUCAGGUUUUGCACACUUCUUGUAAACAUCACCUAAAAAUAAAUCUCCCCUAGCAAGGUUGAUGCAGCCUCAGGUGUUUUCCUCUGCAGGAAUUUGGUGGCUUCUCGUGUCCAAGAGAUCCAUUGCACGUCAGUUAGAUGCCUUGAAGGUUGAAGAUGUGCCUACUAGGUUGUCCCCCAGCUUUCCAUCUUUGGACAUAUUAAGUAUCCAUCUGUGGAGAUGUUUAGUCCCUGGCUGGAGGUGGUCCUGGACAACCUUGUGCAAGCAAGGACUUGGACCUGGUGGUCUUCAGAGGUCCCUGCCAGCCUCAGCUCGUCUGUGGUGUUGGCUGGUGCUCUUGUGAGGUUGCAGUGAGCAGCAGCCAGUAUGUGCUGCACAAGUGAUUAGGACAAGGUUAAUAACUCUUGUCCAUGGCAAGUGUAGACAGAUUAACCGUGCAGAGGGUUGGACUGGGCCUGCAUCUCUGUUGGGGGACACUUGUCUGAAAGGUGGAGAAAGGCUUUAGUUUUCCAUUUCCAGCAAUGUGAGGGGGAACAGAGUGCAUUUUCAGGGGUUGGGACAGGGAAGUGACAGGGUAGACUCUGGGGCUGAGCCUUUUUCAUGUGCAACUUUAAGGUGAUUAAAACAGACUCUGCUCUCUGCUGCCCAAGGAAGAGGGACCCAUGAUGGUUAUCUUACUUUGUGCUGCCUCAAAGAUGUGGAACUUCCUACCAAGUUUUCCAUCUGUGUUUCUUUUUCCUCUUUUUUUUUGUUUUACCUUUUUUUUUUAAAAAAAGCAGUUUGUUAAAAUUCAUUAAAAAUACUGUAUACUUUAACUUGAUGUCAUACUGAAUCUUAAAAAAAAAAAAAAGAGAUGUGGUAACUUGGAUUUUUAAAGAGCUCUUUAGUUCUAGGUAGCUGGUUUUUGCUGUUUAAUAUGUAGUAAGUUCAGUGUAUGCUUUACUGUAGGAGUAAAAGAGAGUCCAAACAAAGGAAGGCGAAUCCUGUCUUUACAGAAGGGCUUGGUGGUGAUGGAGGCUGCAAAUGUGGGACCAGGUGAGGACUGUGCUACCCACCUGAACCCAUGCUCUGUUCUUGCCUGGGGCCAUGGUUCCUCUGCUCUUGCCCAGCACAGCUGCCCAGGGCUCAGAGCUUGCACAAAAACUCAUCUUUGCUAGGAGGAGGUUGUGAGAUAGUCAGCUGCAGCCUCCAUGGGCUGUUGUGGCUCUGUCGUUUCUUUCUGGGGCAGCUGUUGGCUAGAGGAGAGUUUGAAGAAAUCAUCAGCUGGCUGUGCCCUGCUUUCUUCCCUCACCCAGAGGAGCUGCCUGGGUGACUGCCUGGCACUUGGAGCAGAGGAGGAUGGUGGUGAGCCCCAGACACAGCCCCACACUGUGCAGGAGCUGCUAGAGCCUGUCCCCUUGGUACAGCUGGACAUAGGGACUGUUGGGGGGUGUUUCUCUUCUGCUGAGCAGCUGGGAAGGUCCUGGAUAUCCCAGUGAGGAGCUCUGGCUCUGCCUAGGAUGUGGCAAUGGCCGAGCAGUGCCCUGGGCAGAGAGGCUCAUCAGGGCUGUGGGACCCCAUGCCAGGGAGGGAGGGGAUGCUGUGGGGAGCUGGCAGGGAUGAGCCCAUGUCCAGGUCAUCAGCUGGUGAAUAGGUGCCUCCAGGCUCACAAACAUCAUGGUGCAGGAUUAGAAUAUCAUUAUUAGGACUGGCUGUGAGUCCAUGGUGACUCAGUCUCUUGUCUCAUUUGCUGCCCUGCAACAGCCCAAAUCCAGCUGAAGCCCAUGGAGAACAUGCAGCUGGAGCUUGCGGGUGGAAGACCUGUGUGGGGUGGGCACUGAGUGGCCACAGAGAGCUUUGGGUAUAUUUUUAUAGGAGCAUUUUCUAGUUGGAAGCAGCAGUGUUGCCUACAGGGGUAGGGGAAGCAGGUCCACCUCCAUUGCUGUGCCUUCAGGUGGUGUUUUUCCAGUGAGGUGGGAGGUGGUGGAAGUAGCAGGAGGCACAGGAGUGUCAGGGGCGCCGUGCUGCUGUGUGGGGAGGCACAGGCUGGAUGGGAGCUGAUGUCCCUGGGGCAUCACACUGCAGGGCUCUGCUGACUGCUGGUGUUUCCUUUUCAAACCAAAGAGCAGCUGGGGCCAAAGCCCUUUGGGGAGUAAACCAUGUCUCUACUCUGUACCUGUUGCACUUCACUUCUGGUGUUUAUUUCAAACAAUUUUCAAGCUCCUGCCUCUGCUUGGCCUCUUGCAUUCCUCACUGCCCUGCAGCACCUCAGAGAGUUGCUGUGCUGGAGCUGGUGUGGCAUCAGCCCCGUGGCAAGUGCUCGAGCCAGUUCAGGACUGGCUGGCAGCCCACCCAAGGGUGCUGAGGGGCUGGGUGGUGGGGGGUCCCUCCUAAAGGGUGGUUCUCCUUGGCUGGCAGUCUGAGCAUAGGAUGCUGCGGAGUAGGUGGAGAGGAGGGUUAGGUUGGGCAGAGGUUUUGUGGGUGUUCUCCAGGACAUAAGUCCUGCUGUUCCUCUGGCUUCCUGGGUCCAGAAAAAAGUAGUUUGUAACCUGGGCUUUUACUGAUCUUCACUUCCCUUGACCCUACCUACAGGAUGCCUUUAGCUGUCUCAGCCCCUUCCACAGGUUAUACUUUGUAAAGACAUUCUCAGCUUCUUUUCUCUUUGUUCAGUUCUUUAUUUGUUUUUCAUUCCUUCUUCCAUACUGAUUGUGCAGUUUCUUCCUUUGUUCCCACCUCCCUCUGCUCUCCCCAGCCCCAAAUUCCUUUCCAGGCUGAGGCUGGAUCCAGGUGAUACCAAACCACUGAUGGUGAGAUCAGGUGUUCAGGAUCUGAGUCUUGCUGGAAUCCAGUGGGUGCAUCUGGUCCUUCCCCACAGCAGGCCAUCCAUUUCACUGGGCAGGGGCAAUGCCUGUGACCUGGCUGCUUGGCAUGGGAUCCUGCCCUUGCUCUGACAAGUGAAUCCAAGCCAGGACCAAGAGCCAGAGCAGAGCUGUAGGAAAUGAGGACUGGGGUGGGAGCUGCCAUAUCCAUCUCCAAGGCUGGGGAUUAGUCAGUGAAGGACUGUCAGACAUUCCUGGGGAGAUGUCAUGGCCCUGGGCUGGGCUCAGACAGUGCACUUGGUUCUCCUGGGAUUGCUGUGGAGCAGGCAGCUGAGCUGAGGUAGCUGUGGCAUGGAUGCCCCUGGGACCAGGGGAUGCUCAGGUGGCCAUGCCAGCUCUCUGGUGAGCAGAUGCCAUCUCUGCAGUCUGGGUGGGAAGAUGUUCACGCUCUAGUCUUGGGGCCCAUGUGCUGCACUGGGGGACAAAGGGGAAAGCAUCCUCUGACAGAGUUUUGGGACCAUCUCUGGGCACUCAAGCCUGCCCUUGCAGGGAGAAGAGGAGGGAGGAGAACACUUUCUGCAUUUCCCUUGGGUAUUUAUCAUCAAGUCCAGGCUGCAGCUGAAGCCUGACCAUUAAAAAACAGGCAAAACCCUCUUGUUAUACUUCAGAGUUUGACUCUUUCUCCACUGGGUGGUGAGUUCACCUGUGGGAAGGUUCCUGUGCAUGCAGAUGAAAUGCUGAGAUUCACUAAGGGCAGGCCAGUGAUGUUUGGGGCUGGCAGCUCCCCCAGGCCCAGGUGAGCACCCAGCUUCUCCCCAGCUGCCCGGCUUCCUCCGCAGCAUCUCCUGGCAGCUGCCUCUGGCACUUUCUGGAUGUGAAGAUGCUGCUCUCACAGCGUGCCUGGGAUGCUCAGUGGGGAGAGCAGGACCACAGGUGGGAGCUGGACUGUGGGCUUGUUUCUGAGUGCCUCCAAGCCGUGGACCUGAGGGACUUCAUGGUCAGUGAGAUUCUUGGGUGCCUCCCAACCUGUGGUCAUGACUCCAGUAGAGUUCCUGGGGCUGUUGGAAGUCACAGCCAAGGUUGCUGAGGUUUGUGUGGCUUGCAGUGCCUUUAACACUGCUCUCCAUGUGUUUCUAAGAUGAUACUCCAUGUAUGUGUGUAUAUAUAUUGUAAUAACACAUCCCGCUCUUCUGUGUGAGUGUCAAAUGGUUUUGCUUUACUAAUAAAUUUAUAGUUAUUUAUA